CGCGAUUACAGUCGUGGCGCCUUUCUCAUCAUUCUUCUGUCCUCUUAAAAUUUUUGCCAAUUCUUUAUUGCUCUAUGGAACGUCUAAAUAGCGUGCUUUUCAUGUGACGUGUUUUAUAUAUAUUUAUAUAUAUAUAUAUAUAUAUAUCUAUUUUUUUUAAAUUAUUCGGUGUAAGGUGGUGUUGUUCGCGGUGGAAAAGACGACGUAAAAAAUAUUGCAGUGAGAGAAAAUGAUGCAGGAUGAAGACUUGGGUGGCUCAGUGAGAAAAAAUAUUUUCAGUCAAGGGAUAAUAAGAAUAUCACAGAUAUAUCAAAGAUACCUAGAUCUAUGGACUCCUCAUGUAAUAUCGCGAUGGAUAUUUGCUUUAUUCUUAUUAGUACUUUUUAUUCUACGUAUAUUUAUCUCUCAAGGGUGGUAUAUUGUCACAUAUGCACUAGGAAUUUAUCACCUCAAUUUAUUCAUAGCAUUUCUUACUCCAAAAAUUGAUCCUGCCAUGGAUUUUUUUGAUGAUGGAGAAGGUCCUGAGUUACCUACAAGAUCAAAUGAGGAAUUCAGGCCGUUCAUUAGAAGAUUACCUGAAUUUAAAUUCUGGUAUUCAGUAACAAAAUCUACAAUUGUUGCCAUGGUAUGCACUCUAUUUGAUUGCUUUAAUAUACCAGUAUUUUGGCCGAUACUUGUUAUGUAUUUCAUAACAUUAUUCUGUAUCACAAUGAAGCGGCAAAUAAAGCAUAUGAUCAAGUACAGAUACCUGCCUUUCACUCAUGGCAAACCAAAAUAUCAGAAUCACGAAGACACCUCACGAUUAAUAUCAUCAAAGUGAAUAAAAAUAAAGAUAUAUUGUGCCUGUACAGAGGGGGGGGGGGAAGGGGCAUAAGCGAAUUACGUAGAUUUUAAUUUUCCCAGUACAGGGCGAGGGAUACUAGCAAGAAAACAAAGAGAAAUUGAAAAAAAAAUUUUUUUUAAUGCUAUUAGAAGGAACAGAUAUUGCCUUGUACAAGAAAAAAUUGAGUCCUUGCAAGGACUUGUAACUCUAAAUUAUACAUAUAAUAUAUGAUAUAUAUAUAA